AUGGGCUUAGCUGAUCUUUCCUUGCAACCAAUGCAUUGCGAAAUUGUGCGUUUUACUGCCGAGGCACCCCUUAUGAUCCAAAAUUUCUCACGUGUGCACAUCCGAUCUGCACGUCUAAUUCACUCAGUCAUGCCGGUAGUUGGUAUCGACCUUGGAACAACCUACUCCUGUGUUGGGGUUUUCCAACAUGGAAAAGUAGAGAUCAUUGAGAACGAUCAAGGAAACCGCACCACGCCAAGUUUUGUGGCAUUCACCGACACCGAACGACUGAUUGGUGAUGCAGCAAAGAACCAAGUGGCCAUGAACCCGACCAACACUGUGUUCGACGCGAAACGUCUGAUCGGUCAACGAUUUGAUGAUCCUUCUGUGACCGAGGACCGUAAACAUUGGCCGUUCGAAAUUGUUUCAGGUGGUAUUCCGAAGAUUCAAGUCGAGUUCCGUGGCGAACAGAAAACUUUCUCUGCUGAAGAGAUUUCUUCGAUGAUUUUGAUUAAGAUGAAGGAGAUCGCGUCCGCAUACCUUGGCAAAGUUGUGAAAGAGGCAGUGGUCACUGUUCCGGCCUAUUUCAACGACAGUCAACGUCAAGCGACAAAAGAUGCCGGUGCGAUUGCCGGACUGAAUGUGUUGCGCAUAAUCAACGAGCCGACUGCGGCUGCUAUCGCUUACGGUUUGGAUAAGAAAGUGGGGAGUGAACGCCACGUGUUGAUCUUCGAUUUGGGCGGUGGAACGUUCGAUGUGUCGAUUCUGACAAUUGAGGACGGCAUUUUUGAGGUGAAGUCGACCGCUGGUGACACGCAUGUGGGCGGUGAGGAUUUCGACAACCGUAUAGCCAGUCCGUCAGAAGGAUUCUUAGUGCCGUUUCACGGGAGCAGACUUUGA